AAGAAGAAAAGGAAGUCUGCUCCUUGUUAACUGUUCAACAUCCAGCCUUGCUUCUUCCUGUGGAUGAGGCCCUUGGAGAGUCUUCAACAGGACAAUGGAACCUGGGAGUGCCAGUACAGAGAUGGCAUUGCUCAGCAGUAUCCUAGCAGCAUAUUCAUUUAUUACAGGAUUGAAGCAAUAUCGUAAAUAUAUUAGUUCACUGAAGAACAGGAACUUUCCUUAGGAAUUUAUGUAGGGACCACACAGACGUAUCAGAAUCCCUCCUCCUUGUUUGCUAUCCCUUGUUUCCUUGGCACCCAAAGGACAACAGAACAGCGGAUCAAGAUGAUGGCAGAGUUAGGACAGACUCCAUUUUGUAAUGAUGUACAGUAAAAUUAGUAUGCUGACCAAAGGACGAGUGGUAAUGCCAUCCUCUUGGAGUGGAAGUGGACUUUUUGAAUGGUAGACAACCAUACAGCAUGAUGAAAGCAGAAGGAAGUGCAGAGUUGUCUGAGAACAGUGCAAAUGAGCUAAAUGACAACAAAACAAAAUCUAAUGGACUUCAGGAACAAGACUCAACAUUAGAUUCCUUCCAGGUUAACAAUGGUAGUCAAGAAAAUCUAGACACACCGAGUAAGCCCACCAGAGAGUUCAGUCCUUCAGAGCACAAUCCUUCACUGGUAUCAAGUUCCUAUUCAUCAGAAAAUCCUCACCAUUCUAGCACUCUCCCCCCUGAAACAAAUGUGAUAGAAGAAACUGGUCAGUUAGUCAAAGGUAGCCAUAAGAAUUCUGCUCCAUCAGUAAAUAAGAACUCAGCCAUGGAAUGGACUUUUUACCCAACGUCUGGUAAUCGUACAUAUCAUAAUGGAAAGAAGUGUAUCUUUGAUGGUAUCCACCUCAGAAACAAAACUACCUCAUCUGAAAUGACUGUGGAGAUGCGUCUAGGAAGGAAGAAAUUCGUGGAUCAAAUUGCCUCCAGAAAUGGCAUACCAUUUGUGACAUCAGGUGACCACCCCUAUGCUUGUCCAGAGCAAAGUACAAACUUUCAUAAAACAGGAGCAAUAAGAUCUCCAGUGAAUUUUGGGAGGUUAAACAUAUCCAACUCCCUAAGCUGUUCUUCACAGGACUUGGUGUCCAGACCUUUUACCAUAUUGUUGCCCUCCAUUUAACACAUUCCAGCUUUUCAAUAUUAUUCUUGAACUUGAUGCCCAGAAGUAGACACAGUAUUCCAGGUAAGAUGUGCUCAAAUACAGUGGGAUUAUAACUUCCCUCAACCUGGAGACUUAUACCUAUUGAGGAAACCUAGAAUUGCUGCUAAAGCACAGUCACAUUCAGUUUGUACUCUGUUAAGAUACUUUUCAGAUGUCAUUAAGCCUGACAUUAUUCAUCUUAUAUUUGUCCACUUUUGUACUGUUUUUCUUUCAGGAGGAGUCUGAGGCAAUGCAUGCUCUGAACAGUUAAGUUUUCCCUCUGUCCUGUGUUAACAUCUCAUCAUCUUCUUCACACAAUAGCCCCUAUUUCCUUGAUUUUCCUUUUGUUCUGAACAUAGUCCCUAACCCACCACUUCUCUAGCAAGCCUGAGAUCAUUAUGAGCCUUUCUGACUUUCCCUCUCCAAUGCUUACUUUUUAUUUGUAUUCCCUUCUGGUGUUUCCCUUGUUCUUCCAUUCCUUAUACAGGUCUCUUUGAAAUCUUAGCUCAUCUGAAAGUUCUUUGUAUGUCCAUAUUGGCUUUGUUUGGACAUUGUUGCCCAAGUGCCUUCAAUAUCCAUCUUUAAGAAACUGCUCUCAACUCAUUUCCCUUUGAUGAUUUCUCAUUAGCAAAGAAAAGAAUAUUCACAAUUAUUUAUUCUAACAUUAAAAAAAGAGCAUUUCAUGAUAGUUGUCAGGAAAAAUACUAGAACAG